AUGGCGUCGAGAUGUUCUGGCAGUCAUCCACUCUUUCUCCCCUUUCUAUACCCCUCAUUUUCCCUCUCUAGAAGCGCAAACCCCCCUCGUCUAGUUGCGAGAGCCUUCGCAUCCCGCCGACAUAGCUCGACCCAGGUCGCCAAAGAGUCUAUAUCCACUCGACUCAAUCCAGCGCCGGAUGACUAUGCCGCCCCCAACUUCGCCGACAAAGCCAGCCUGACCAUCUAUGCCGGUCCUGGCGGCAACGGAUGUAUAUCAUUUAUGCGCGAUGCAUACCUUCCCGACGGUCCCCCCAACGGUGGCGAUGGAGGUCAUGGAGGCAACAUCUAUAUUCAGGCAGUUCAUGGUGAAACGUCUCUGCACAAGCUCGCAAGGAAACGGUUUGUUCGCGCAGGCCGAGGAAAACAUGGACAGGGCAGCUCAAAGGGUGGCCAGCGAGGCGAGGAUGUCAUCAUCACCGUUCCUGUUGGCACCGUCCUCCGCGAGUUGAGCAGAGAAGACCCCGUUGCCGAGGAUGCAAUGCUGCAGCGCACACUUCAAGCACAAAGAAAGGCUGAAAAUCGAGCCAGGCGGAAUCAACAGGCGGAAUUGGCGCGACGGGAACUCUUGGAAGGCGUCGAAGAGGAGGAUCAAGAAUGGAUCGAGGAGGAGCGUAAGGUCAAAAACCCAGAACCCGAAGAAGAGCCUGAGGACCCAGAGCGCCACAAGUUCCUUCUGUACCCGGGACUUUCCAAGUCUGACCUGAAGACGAUAUCAUUGCCCAAGGCACCUCGCCGCCAGCGCCUGUAUCACCAACCCCCCGGCCCCAUUCAGAUCGACUUAUCGCGCCCGACACAGCAGCCUGUCCUCCUUGCAACUGGUGGCAUCGGUGGCCUGGGCAACCCCCACUUUGUGUCUCGCGAAUACCCUCGACCGAUUUUUGCAACCAAGGGCGAGCGCGCUGUAACCAUGGAAAUCGAGCUCGAGCUGAAGCUCCUUGCCGAUGUCGGGCUCGUAGGCCUGCCCAAUGCUGGCAAGAGCACCUUGCUCCGCGCACUUACUAACUCGCGCACUCGAGUUGGCAACUGGGCUUUUACGACAUUGCAGCCAAACAUUGGCACUGUCGUCUUGGACAACUACAAAGGCCGUCCCGUCAUCAAGAGCUACAAGCGAUAUCCGGCCGCCCCCUCUGCUCUUGGUGGCCCCGAGGAAGAGGUUCAGGUCGAGCAGCGGACCCGUUUUACGGUUGCUGACAUCCCUGGCCUCAUCGAGGGCGCCCAUCUGGAUCGCGGUCUCGGCAUGGAAUUCCUCCGCCACGUCGAGCGCGCCGGUGUGCUCGCUUUUGUCAUCGACCUUUCUGCAGGACCUGCUGUGCAGGCGCUCGAUGCGCUGUGGAAAGAGGUUGGUCUUUAUGCCCAGAGGCGCGAAGAGGAGGAGCGGGAUCGUGAGGUCGAUGCCCGUAUCGAUUGGGAUCUUACUUCUGGUGCCAACAAUCAACGACCACCUGAGAACAACAUGAUGAUUGCCGACGCCCCCGCGGCACCCAAAGAGGAAUCGGGUCUGCAUAUCGCGUCCAAACCCUGGUUUGUGGUGGCGACCAAGGCCGACCUGCCCGAGACUCAGGAGAACUUCAAGAAGCUGAGGGAGUACGUGGAGCAGAUCAACAAGGGAACUGCACCUCACCCGAGUUUGGUGGAAGGCGCUUGGACGAAGAACUGUGCCGUCAUUCCCGUGAGCGCCAUCAAUGGACAGGGCGUUGAUCGGAUUGUCCACUGGACUGUAGGACUGCUUGACGAGUAA